UAUGUUGUCGUUGAAUAGCUGUAGUCAAGUCCAGUGCUGUAGGCACCUUGGUCCAGGGCCUCUGUGGUGCUCCGAUGCCCCUCACCCAUCGUUGAAGAUCCCAGGUGGGCGAGGGACUGGCAGGGAUCCUUCUCUAAAAACUUUGUACAAGCAAGGGAAGCUUACAGUGAUGCAAGAUUUUCCAGUGCAUGGAAAACCACACCUUCUGCAUUUCUACUUUCAGCUGACUGAAUCAAAGGUUUCCUACUGGACUGCAGUACUCUCCAAUCGGAACCUCUUCUUGGAAAUAUCAGAUGAGGGAUUGGCGGAAGGAAGCAAAGAAGGCAUCACUGUUAAGAACAUUUGGCUUUUUGGGAUUUGAGAUGGUAAGACCAGGUCAUCCCAUGGUUCCUGCCCAAAAUGAUGUCCUCUUCAUGGUGUAUUCCCUGGAUCCGAAUUCAUUUGAUGAAUAGUAGUAUUAAGAACGCUGCUCAGCACUUUAAAUCUUUGGAAUCCCUUUCUUCAUUUUUUUUUUUAAUAGGAGAGUACAGUGGUUAUAAGUGAUUGAUUUUUCUCUUAUCCAUGUUAAAAUAAAAUGUUUUACUAUUUAACAUCCAGAAAGCUGCACAGAUUAUUCCUUGUGUAUGGGAAUGUACCCUUGCCUAUAAGGAAAGGGAUUUGUAGUGUGUAUUGGACAGGAAGUGAUACUUUCCUAGGCUAUUACAUGCAGUAGCAAUAGUCAAGUAAAAUUUAGUACCACUUAGAUUAGAUACAAACCGUCAUUUAUGUGAAGAGUAGAGCAUUGCCUUGAAGAAACCGAGAAUGCCAGAGAUGGACACAAGAAGGAAAUACAGUUGUGUAAAAAGAAUGCUUUGUUUCUUUGCUUUUGUAUUGAAGCCCUUUAAAGUUAAUGUACCAAAGUUCAGGACACAGUUGCCUUUGUUGGCUGAGGUUUGUGACUCAUCAGUGCAUGCAGAAGCAUACUCCACAUGAGGGGUUUAAACACUUAACUUGGCAUGACUUUCUGCCCAGAAGAAAUGUAGUUUUGCAUAAUUUCAUUGUGAAGUGACAUAGGAAUAGGUUGAAUGUCUUAGACUUGAAAGAUUAAUGAAAGAUAAAUAAAGGUGAGGGCAUUCUCUUACGACUGCGAUUUGUGUACACAGAAUUUACACUGUCCUGUUCUGCUGCUGAGUCUCGUGGUACUUUUGAACAUUCUGUAGAGAGUUUUGUCACAUGGUUAACACUGGAAAAAACAUUAAAUAACAUAGUUUCUUCAUAUUUUUAAAUUUUAAGUGUGUUGAACGUCAAAAGUUAAGUAUUGUGGAAAGAUGAAAGUGGAGGAGUGCAAGUUGAAAGUAUAGUGUCUUCUGUAUUUGGGUCCACUUUUUUCCUUGCCUUUUUGAAAAGUUUACCAGCCGAUGUGUAGUAUAUAGAAAGGGGUGGAAGCUAAACUGUGGAGUGCCUUCUUAUCUAAAACAAAUAUGAUAGUGGUAAGAGUGUGAGGGGCAUUAGUAAACAAUGGCCUUUCUUGUUACCUUCAUUUUUAAAUAAUUUAGUUAACUUUUUUAUUUGAAUUAAAAUAAAGUAGUACAUUGCUGUUCAUAAGCUCAGGCCAUCUGGGUUGUUUUUUUUUUUCCAAAAGGAAUGUUAUUUAAAAUUUAUACUUAAUGUUAAAGGUAUUCUUUGCUGUGGUCAUCUUUUGAAAUUUAUAUGUAUAUCUGGCUAUGAUAAUAAAAUUCAUGUGAAUGUA